AUGAGUCCUGCUGCUCCCAAGCCGCAGCCCCUGCGGCAGGUCAUUGAUUCUAUUUCGGACCGGCUUUGGAGCAAGGAAGCUGGGGAUCAGCCGAUUCCUUUCAUCCUCGGCGGCUCCUAUGCUGCGGCUCGUGAGGCCUACAAGCGCAGUGGCGGCAAGAUGACCCUGGCAUACAAUGACAUUGACAUCUGGUACAAGUCCGUAGACGAUGAGGAUGAGGGUCGGGAAGGGAUCCUAAAGGUGACCUACGAGAAGAAUGUUUUCCCUGAUCGCCCAGACAUAGAGUUGAACGUGAUUCGCAUGGGACGGCUAAACUUGCGAGGCUUGAUCGAUGAUUUUGACAUGAACAAUGUCCAGGUUGGGUACAAAGUUGUUCCCAAAAUCAAAGGCCGGAAGCUCGUGGCUGAGGUGGCUGAGACAUACCUUGCACCGGCAUUUCACAAGUUUCUUCUCUCCUCUACCCUCGAGAUUGUGGACCCAACCAACAAGAAGACAGGAGCUGCCAGCUUGAUUCGCCUCCUAUACAAAGCGCAGCAACUAGGGCUGCCAUACAACUUACCUCCAGAGAAAGAGUUGUUGCAGGCCUUCAGUGAUAGAGCCUUUGCCCCGGAGAAGGUCCACCAGAAGCUCCAGCAGCUAACGGGGCGAUUUCGCGAAGAGAUUUUCUCCCGUUUCAAUGUCGUUUUGGAUGUGUGCCAUAAUUGGAGUGAUUGCCCAUACGAAGGAAAGCAGAUGUACAGGCUCAUAUGCAAGGACACUGGCUUCGCUGGCAGGCAUACCCUUGCGCAGAUCCGCGCGCGAGACCGGCAAGAUGCC